AUGGCUCCAAAGAGAAAGCAAGCGAAGGAAAAGAAAGACACAAAAACAAUCGAAGUACCCAUCGACUAUGAAGUGAACGGGAACCUUGGUGAAAAAGAUUCCCAGUCGAGUACAGAGCAUUCCCACCAUGCCCGCCACAAGAUCGCACAGUCCAAGGUGAAGCUUGAGAGGAAGCUCUACCAAACUAGAAGAGCCACAUUCGUUCUUGGUGCGCUUUUGGGGCUCGUAGUCGCUGUGUUCAUCACUGCGUACAAUUCAGAUAACCUUAUGAGUGAGAUCGACAAGUUGGUGAAUCUUGAUGGAGUGAAUGGGUUCUUUGACGAAUGGAAGGACGUCAUUCCAGUGAAGUUUGAUGCAAUGAACGGGUUUCUUGAUGAAUGGAAAGACUCGCUUCCUCUGGGUUUUUUUUCGUUGCUAGAUCAAGGGAAGUCAGACAGUAACGAGCUCCAUGGCUCGGCUGAGUCUUUCUCUGUGGGCAGGAGGAUGAAGAAGCAGUACAAUAUGACGGCCAAAUAUAACGUUGUUUUGGUGCCGGGUGUCAUUUCCACAGGAAUUGAGUCGUGGGGUACAAGUGAAACGGGCGAUUGUCCCUCAAUUAAUCAUUUUCGUAAGAGGUUGUGGGGCUCGUUCUACAUGCUAAGAACCAUGAUUUUGGACAAAACGUGCUGGCUCAGGCACAUCCUGCUCGAUCCAGAAACCGGGUUGGAUCCACCAGGAAUCAAGCUUCGUGCUGCUCAGGGCUUCGAAGCAGCAGACUUUUUCGUGGCAGGAUACUGGAUCUGGAAUAAGAUUCUACAGAAUUUAUCUGUCAUUGGCUACAAUCCCAACAACAUGUUGAGUGCAUCUUACGAUUGGAGACUCGCUUACUUGGACUUAGAAAGACGUGAUGGCUACUUCUCGAAGUUGAAGCAGCAGAUUGAGCUCGCAAAGAAAAUGUCUGGCCAGAAAACGUACCUCAUUGGCCAUUCUAUGGGCUCGCAAGUUAUUCUUUACUUCAUGAAGUGGGUCGAGGCCAGUGGUGAGUACUACGGUAACGGAGGCAAGAACUGGUGCAACGAGCAUCUCGCUGGUAUUAUUGAUAUCAGUGGCUCUCUACUCGGUACUCCCAAGACCAUUCCAGCCUUAAUUUCUGGUGAAAUGAAAGACACUGUGCAAUUGAACCAGUUGGCUAUAUAUGGUUUGGAGAAGUUUUUUUCUAGAAAGGAAAGAGUAGACAUGCUUCGCACGUUUGGUGGAGUGCCAUCGAUGCUUCCAAGAGGCGGUGACUUUAUUUGGGGUAACCUCACUUACGCGCCAGAUGAUCCACCAAAUGAACUCUCGAAGCAGAACGAAGACGUUGACCUUCCUCGUAAAAAGAACGAGUCCUUAGGCACCUUCGUGAGAUACAGAGCCAAAAACUUGCAGCCCAACACCGACGGUUUGAUGACUCAGGCAAUGCAGAACUUGACCAUCACUUCAAGUAUCGACUACAUUCUUAGCAACUCCCCCAAGUGGUUUACCGAGCGUGUCAAAGAGCAUUACUCGUUUGGCAUUGCGAAAACCAAGAAGGAGUUGCAAGCAAACGACAAGUUGCACUCAAAGUGGUCUAACCCAUUGGAGGUGGCACUUCCAAAUGCACCUGAUAUGAAGAUUUUUUGCUUCUACGGUGUUGGCAACCCUACAGAGAGAGCCUACACUUAUACCGAUGGAGACAAGGAGUCUGGGUUGCCGUUAGUGAUUGAUCUUGACAGUGAUGAUCCCGUGUUCCUCGCUGACGGUGACGGCACUGUGUCGCUUUUGACGCACUACAUUUGCCACGAAUGGCAGAAGCCAGGCUCCAUUUACAACCCUGGUGGAAUCGAGACGAAGAUCGUUGAGAUCAAGCAUGAGCCCGACCGGUUUGAUAUUCGAGGUGGAGCCAAGACAGCAGAGCAUGUAGACAUUUUGGGGUCGGCCGAGUUGAACGAGCUUAUCUUGCGGGUGGUGUCUGGCAACGAAGAUACUAUCAACAAUACCUAUGUCUCAGACUUGCGCAAUAUUGUGCAGAGAAUGCAAGGAUAA